AUGAGUAUUUUUUUCAAGUCGCCAAUUGAUAUUGAGAUCCUUUUUGACAAUGAGGAAUCUCGCAAACAUGUAGACAUUGCAACAAGACCAAGUAAUUCCGGUUAUAAAUCAAUGAAAGAAAGCCUGCCCGUCUAUGAAGAUGGCGAAUCCCUCGGUGGAAUUGUUACCUUGAGAGUCCGGGAUAGUAAAAAGGUAGAUCAUUUGGGCAUAAAAGUGUCCGUUAUUGGAUCCAUCGAUAUGUUAAAGUCACAUGGCAGCGGUAAUUCUUCUUCCAAAAAAGUUACGUCUAACACAUCAUCUUCAUCUUCUAAUGGCUCAGUAGACGUACGGAAGAAUUCUGUUGAUCAGUUUUUGUGCCAAAGCUAUGACCUUUGUCCUGCAGGUGAAUUACAACAUUCUCAAAGCUUUCCAUUUCUAUUCAGAGAUUUAAGUAAAAGAUACGAAUCCUAUAAGGGCAAAAAUGUGGAUGUGGCAUACUAUGUUAAAGUAACCGUUAUGAGGAAGUCCACUGAUAUCUCGAAAAUAAAAAGAUUUUGGGUCUAUCUUUAUAAUAGUAUAACGACUGCGCCAAAUACCCUUUCCGCGAAUGAGACACAGGCAAACCCGAAUGAUAAUACCGGUGAUGAAAAUGCAGCAAAUAGUGCGAAUGAUAAUACGCAGAGAAAGAGCACCCAGGGUGGGGCGGCAGACGGCAAUCAGGUUUUGCCAGUAUCACAUUCAAAUAAUGAACCCAAACCCGUUAGAUUAGAUAUAGGUAUAGAAAAUUGCCUUCACAUUGAGUUUGAAUAUGCCAAAUCCCAAUACAGUUUGAAAGAAGUUAUUGUAGGACGUAUAUAUUUCCUUUUGACGAGACUAAGAAUAAAACAUAUGGAAUUAAGUUUAAUUACAAGAGAAUCUUCCGGCCUUCAGACUUCUAAUGUCAUGACAGAUUCCACCGCUAUCCGAUAUGAAAUAAUGGAUGGUUCUUCAGUGAAAGGUGAGACCAUACCUAUAAGAUUAUUCUUAAGCGGGUAUGACUUGACCCCCAAUAUGAGCUGCAAUUACUUUAACGUCAAGAAUUAUUUGAGUCUAGUUAUUAUCGAUGAAGAUGGCAGAAGAUAUUUUAAGCAAUCAGAGAUUACAUUGUACCGGACCCGAUAG